GCUAUGCUAACCUUCUGGAUCUUCACCCAGCCUAGCUAAAAAAAAAUCAAUUUGGAGGCGCUAUUAUGUAAAUUAGCCGUGCUAUUAUAGACUGAUAGAGCAAAAACAAAUUGGUAAUAUGGUCCCUUCAAAGUUGAACAGACCAAACUCUUUUUCCGUUUAACACGGCCCAGCAGCAAGAUGUAUUAAAUGUCAUUUUCCAUCACAACUUCGGAGACGUGGAGACAAGCUAAUACAUCAUCUGACACCAGCGAGGGCCAUUAGGGACCUUUCACUUUGACAAAAGGCCCCGGCAGCCCGGCAGAUUAUUUCAGCCUCCCAAGACAUUCUUUGAGUCUUUUAAAAAAUAGUUUUGUCCGGCUGGUUUACACCUGACCACACGAUUGCACGAUUGCAAUUUUCAUCUCGAGGUCAGAUAAUGAAACAUUUGGGAUGUUUCAAGUCCACAUUUUUUUUUCUUUCACCACACUAACAGUUUUGAAUCUGCCAACUUAUAAUGGUUAAUUCGCUUUACGGGGUCUUUAACAUAUGAGUUCAUCUCAGAAAGAUUUUUGGAAAUUCAUGCAGAUGGCAAUUUCGCAGUGUUCUGGAAGCUAUUCAAUAAAUGUAAUUGUAAUAAAUGGAUUAAAAUGAAAAGUGCGUACCUCUUUACCUUAUGAGCAUGUUUUGGGGCCUCUGUGUUUUUUUUUUUUUUGCUUUGUUUCGUUUUAAUGGAUUGACCUACUAUUUGCUAAUCGAGACAAUUGUCGGGCGGGUCAUUGAUUAGAAAGUGACGUGGGCUCUCGGCACAAAAACGUCAGACGUGAGUGAGCGAUGAUGCUUUUGAGGACGGCAGACGCGGCGUGGCGGCACGGCACAUAAAGCACGGCGGCUUCAGCGGACAGCCGCGCGUUAUUAGUGAGGAAGGGUCAACAUUUGUUAGGGCUCUCUGUACAAGCACAGAUAGGCCGCAGCUGACUUGACAGGCUUCCCCUAAAUGGUGUCUAUGACGCCCGAUCCAUUAAGGAGCGAUGCUGGUUGUGAUGAUAAUGUAUUGAUCAGUCGUGAUGGAUGGGCGGCGUGCGGGUAUAUAAGUCAAGUUCUUGGCCAAGCUGGCAGCAACUGAGGGCGCACUGCAGAGAACGUCAGCAUGCUGUCUCUGGCUGUGCUCUACCUCCUGGCUGCAAGAUGGACGCAUGCGCUACCUCUCUAUCCUGACUCCAACCUGGAGACACAGCCAGAUUUCCUUCAGAAGCUGGCGUCGGAAGACGCCUCUUACAAUACAGACGGGGAACAGAGGGAGGCGAAUAACGUGUAUCCUCUCCUGAUGCAGCAAAAUGGGCAAAGAGAAUCCUGGAGUAACGGGCCCAGGGAUUCAGCUCAACAGGGCAACUAUGCAAGCAUGAUUGAGGGUCUCAAGGCGACGGUUCUGAAGCUGGCCGCGGCCGACAAGCUUCGCUCUCAAGCUUUCGUCAGGUCCGAGCAGGGCUUGCCCAAAACCAACAAAAGAGCGUGUUUCUGGAAAUACUGCGUGACCAAUUAGACACCAGCGGCGAGUCCACCACAAGAUUCACCACUGAGUGAAAAUAGAAAAUCUUAACUGAGAAAGAAAAUCUAUUUUUUAAAGUUGUAAAGUUGUCUUUUGUGACCUAAUAAACUAUUAGACAAUUGAUGCAUGUGUUAUUUGUGAUAGUUCUACUUGGGCUGCAGUUAUCUGAUGUUUUGAGACUUGCUCAUUCUACCAAUUCAUCGAGUAAUCGUACACACGUUUGCUUUAUUAAACAACAAAAUGUGCACGUGAGGAGCAAGUUUCAUUUUUUUUCCCCACUUGGGGUCGCCAUCCACGUUCCACACUAUAACAUCUGUGCGACCGACUGUGUGCGGCUUCCAAAAGUUGGGCCUGGCCCGGUGAGUGACGUGGGCGUCAGCAGCCGGCUGUUAACUGACUACUAACCAUUAGUCAAGUCUGUGUGUUGAAUGUAUUUAUUUAACCUUUGUUUAACCCGGCAAGACAAUUGAGAAGUGUCGCU